AUGAGCAUUCGCCGCCGAAUUGAAUGGGACGGACAUAAAUUUCGCGGCUAUGUUGAUAUCGGUACGGGUUUAGAAGGUGAUCACUUGGCAGAGGCAAAAGAAGCUUUGGUAUUUUUAGUUACUGCAAUUAAUAGCCAUUUUAAAAUACCUGUCGCCUUCUUUUUUGUGGAUGGCAUUACAGGACAGCAGCGUGCCGCUCUGGUAAAACAGUGCCUUGAGCUAACUCAUGAUGCUGGUGUUAGAAUAGUGGCAUUAACUUUUGAUGGUUGCGCUGCAAAUAUUUCUAUGGCAGAACAUCUUGGUUGCUCCUUCGAAAAACAAGAUAUCAAAUUUGAUCAUCCUAUUACCAAAGAUCCGAUAGUUGCAGUCCUCGACCCCUCUCAUAUGAUAAAAUUAUUGCGAAACGCAUUUGAACACAAUAAAAUUUUGAUAAAUAAAGAUGGCAGUAAAAUUCACUGGCGACAUCUCAUUCAGCUUAAUAAACUUCAAUAUAAAGAAACAUUUCAUUUAUCCAAUAAACUAAAAAACCGGCACAUCAACUUUCAAAAAGAGCGAAUGAAAGUCAAGCUGGCUACUCAGCUUUUCAGCUUAAGUGUUGCAGAGGCUCUAAAAUAUUGUAGAAAUUCCGGAAUAGAAUUGUUCAGUGAUAGUGAACCCACUGAAGAGUUCCUAAUUGUGUGUAAUAAUCUUUUCGACAUUUUUAAUUCAAGAAAUUUACAUUUUUAUGGUUAUAAAAAAGCAUUGAAUGAAGAUAACGCGUCAAAAAUAUUUACAUUUUUAAAUUACGCUUCGGAUUACAUCCGAAAUCUUAAGACAGAAAAUGGCGUCUUAAUGAUAAACAGUCCACGUAAAACCGGGUUUUUGGGUUUUCUGGGCUGUAUCGAAGCGUUAAAACAUUUAUAUACAAACUUGAUUAAGCCCAAAAUACUUAUAUAUUUACCAUUUUAUAAAUUAAGUCAGGACCAUCUUGAACUUUUUUUCUGCAACAUAAGAGCACAAGGCGGAACAAACAAUAAUCCUACAGUGAGGCAGUUCAUAUCUGCUUAUAAAAAAAUACUGACACACGUGCAAUUAAUAGAUAGAAAUAAAGGUAGUUGCGUUGCUUUAGAAAACUUAUCCAUAUUAAAUUGUUCAUCGGCAGUUCAACGUAUCAACAAAAGUGUAGAUGUGCACGCUGAGUUAGAAGAAGAAGGCUAUGACUUGGAAAUACAAGAAAUUAGUGCAUAUUUUUCUGAUUUCGGCAUCCAGGCUAUAGGUCAUAUUGCCGGCUUCAUCGUCAGGAUUUUAUUUAAAAAAAUUAAAUGUGAUAUCUGUGUAGGGGCAUUGGUCACUCAACAUUUUGAGCAUUUUCAUAAAUUCAUAAUCGCCAAAGAUGGAGGCGGCUUGUUAUAUCCCUCUACCGAUGUUUUCAAAAUUUGCCAAACUGUUGAAAUAUACUCAAAGCAAAUAGAUAUAGCAAAAUUCAAUAAGGAUAUAACCACUGCAAAAGUAAUGAGACCGUUUAUUGGAACAAAUUUAUUCAAUUCCAUUAGUUACCAUCAAUUAGGCGAGUUUCCUGAAUCCAACCAUAUCACUGAUUUGAUAAAGGCGAUAGUUGAUAAAUACAUUGAUAUCCGAAUUCAUCACCUUCUAAAAUUAAAUAUUAAACUAUCAAAACGACAAUUUUUAAAUAAAUACGUAUUAUUUCAAGGACAAUAA